AUGAGGAUGGGCAGUGGCGGGUCCUCAGGCCGGGAGGAGCGGCUGCCAUCUGUUUGCGAAGAGCAGCUGAGCGGUGGGGACCAGAUGCUGGAGCUGACCGGACGUCACUUGAAGCACCUACCAGGGCCAGUGUGUGCCCUGAGCAGCCUCCAGAAGCUCUACAUCAGUGGCACAGGGAUAAAGGAGCUGCCUGAAGAGAUCGAGGGGCUCCAGGAGCUGCGCAUCCUGGCCCUUGACUUCAACAAACUGGAGGAGGUGCCCGAGGCACUGUGCCGACUGCCUCACCUCACCCGCCUUUACCUGGGCAGCAAUCGCCUCUUUGGCCUCCCUGCAGAGUUCUCUCAGCUCCAGACUCUUCGCUGCUUGUGGAUUGAGAGCAACUACCUGUACCAUUUCCCCCGGGCUCUACUCCAGAUGCCUUGGCUGCAGUCUCUGCAGAUGGGUGACAACCGGCUCAAAACGCUGCCCAACAGCCUACCACGCAUGAGGGGACUGCGAGGGCUCUGGCUCUAUGGGAACCGAUUUGAAGAGUUCCCGAAGCCUUUGCUCCGCAUGACCCAGCUUCAUAUCCUUGACCUUGACCGCAACAAACUUACUGAAUUCCCAGAUUUGACUCACCUGCAAAGGCUUCGAGUCUUUUCCUAUGACCACAACCCAGUGGAAGCACCACCCAGUGUGGCUGACACAGUUAUGGUGGUGGGGGAGGGGGCCCAGGAAUUUCUGGAGGCUAGGGAGGAACGUCUCCAGAAACUUCGGGAGCAGGAAGAAGAAGAACAGGAGGAAAAUGAGUCUGAAGCUCUGCAGGCCAAUAUGAAAAAUGACUCUUCUGUGUUGGAUGAUGGUGAGGGCAGCUACUCUGCCCUGGAAUGCUCUCCAGAAGAGACAUGAAGUGGAUAUGAUAAUGACAUAGUUGCUGCUCAAAAAAUCACGGGGAUAUUGGUUGGCUGUUGAAUCUAUUUCUGUCUCAUUGGCAGUUGGGAACUGGGCAUGUACUGUAGUUGGUCUAAGGAACCAUUGUCUGAGAGGCAGGAUCAUGGGCAACAGUCCAUGAUGGCAGUUGCCAACCUUUUGUAAAGGACACAGGACAGUUACUCAUCUGAAGUUUGCUGUCUCUUUUCUGGAACCAGACUGUUGGGCAGUCCCAACAAGGAGGCUUGCUAUAGAUCAGUA